AUGUCCCUCCACGUCGAGGCGCCGAGUGUCCGGGUGCGUGGCGAGCACCGCCUGGCCGUCGAUACGUGGGACGAGCUGCAGCUGCGGCUGGAGCGCAUCACGGGCAUUCCGCCUGAGGCACAGCGCCUGGAACUUGAUGGCGCGCCGCUCGAGACGAUCCAUCGCCUCGCGCCGGGGCACACGCUGCGUGUCCUCGACGCGCGUGGCUCGACGCUGGGCGAGGAAGAGCAAGUGACCAAGUUUGAGCUCACGGACGACCAGUACGCGGCGCGCGACGACUCGGUGCGUGCCUUUAAGAAGCGGCACCAUCUCGGGCGCUUCGGCCCGCCACCCCCGCGGCCGUCCGCGCCGUGCCCCGACGUCGGUGUGCGUGGCAUGGUCGACACGGGCGACGGCUUUGAGCGGCGUGGGACCGUGCGCUUCGUCGGCCCCACCUCGUUCGCCGCAGGGACGUGGGUCGGCAUCGAGUUCGACGAGCCUGUCGGCAAGAACGACGGGAGCGUCCAAGGCACGCGGUACUUUACGACGCGCCCACGGCACGGCGGCUUUGUCCGGCCGUCCAGCGUGCACACAGGACCGCAGUACGAGCCGCUCGAGGACGAUUGGGAAGUCUAA